CAGACGCACAUCUGACUUUUUCUCUUCACUUCAGUCUGACCAGACACACACACACGCACACACACAAAUGCGACGAGACAGACCGCGCGUAUACACACAAAGCUUGAUGCCAGAGAGCAGUGUGUGUCUUCUGCUGUGUGUGUGCUGAUUCACUACGCUCCCACCAUGGCAUCACUGAGGAGCUGCAUCCUGCUCUGGAUUACUGCAGCUGUGUGUGUGACAGAAAUCCAGGCUCAGACGGCAAGCGAAUGUGGACUAGCCCCCCUGAACACUCGGAUCGUGGGGGGGGCGGACGCCGCCGCAGGCAGCUGGCCCUGGCAGGCCAGUCUUCACUUGAACGGGAGACACAUCUGUGGCGGGACCCUCCUCAAUAGCCAGUGGGUCAUGACCGCAGCCCACUGCGUAGGCACUCUCACUCUAUCCAGCUGGCGGGUUUACCUGGGCCGGCAGGUGCAGUCGGGCAGCAACGCUAACGAGGUGAGCGUGUCCAUAACCCGCAUCAUCACUCACCCGCAGUACAACAACUCGCUCUUCAACAACGACGUGGCUCUGAUGCAGCUCAGCAGCUCCGUCACCUUCACCGACUACAUCCGGCCCGUCUGCCUGGCCAACGGCAGCAGCACCUUCCACAGCGCCACCACCUGCUGGGCCACCGGCUGGGGCAACAUCAACAGCGACGUGUCCCUGCCCGCGCCCCAGAGCCUGCAGGAGGUGGAGGUUCCGGUGGUGGGCAACAGGCAGUGCACGUGCCAGUUCAGCGCUGGAACCAACGGAGUCAUCACAUCCCAGAUGGUCUGCGCCGGAUCCUCAGGCAGGGGAGUGUGUCAGGGAGAUUCCGGGGGACCCCUGCAGUGUAAACAGGGCUCUCAGUGGAUCCAAGCUGGCCUGUCUAGUUUCGGGGUUCCCUGUGCAACCGGACGAUUCCCAGAAGUCUUUGCUCGCGUCUCCGAGUUCCAGCAGUGGAUCACGGACAACGUGGCGGGCACGAGUGUGGGCUUCGUCCGCUUCAGCUCCUCGGGGACGGACUCCGACACCAGCUUCGUGUGCACCAACACGGCGGCGACGCCAGCCAGCUCCUCCGCUGCGGUCCUCCGCGCCCCCACCUCCCUCUCCACCCUCCCGCCGCUCCUGCUGUCUGGACUCUGGCUCAUCGCAAGCGGCGCGCCACACAGCUGAAGGCACUGAGGCCUUCUGUUUCGGGCGCUGACUUUAACUCCCAGUAUCCUCUCUGUUUUUCCUGUCUCAUUCAGUGACUCCAAGUCCCAGUAUCCUCUCUGUUUUUCCUGUCUCAUUGAGUGACUCCAAGUCCCAGUAUCCUCUCUGUUUCUCCUAUCUCAUUCAGUGACUCCAAGUCCCAGCGUCCUCUCUGUUUCUGCUCUGACACUGAUUCCAACAUCCUGAGAAUAACACAGAUGAAAGGUUCCACACCACGUGGAAAGUUCUAUGAAGGGCCAUUUUGAUCAUAAACAUGCUUACACACACAGACAAUCUCUCUCUCUCUCUCUCUCUCUCUCUUUCUCUCUUCCUUCCUUUUUCCCUCAAUGUUGAAUGAAGUGGAUGGACCCUGUUUAAGCGGGUUCAUAGUACUAUAGUUCUAAGGGCUCUAAGAGACUAUGGAAGCAGUGUGAGACAAUGCCUGGUUGUAGCAUUUAUUCUGUAUUGUAGUUCUGUGUCAUUAAAAGAUUCAUGUACGGC